GGAAAUAAGCUGGUGAAGCUCCCCAUUUAAUAUGAGUUGGCUCUUCGGUCUGAAUGAGCUCAUCUGGCCCUCUGCCACUGCCAGUGUCUGGUAUGGAUUGAUUUAUAACUUGGGUUUUGUCUUCAGAGGCUCAUGGGCAGGGAAAACCAGACGUGGGUGAGGGAGUUCAUCCUCCUGGGCCUGUCCAGCUGCUGGGAGACCCAGCUGUCCCUCUUCUUCCUCUUCCUGGCCAUGUAUCUGGUGACCGUGCUAGGGAACUUCACCAUUAUCCUCCUUAUCACGCUGGACAGCAGCCUGCAAAUGCCCAUGUACUUUUUCCUCAGCGUCCUGUCAUUUGUGGACAUCUGUUAUACCAACAGCACUGUCCCGCAGAUGCUGGUUCACUUCCUGUCGGCCCGGAAGUCCAUCCCGUUCCCCAGCUGUGUGCUCCAGCUCCACGUGUCCCUGACGAUGGGUGGCUCUGAGUUCUUCCUGCUGGGAGCCAUGGCCUAUGACCGCUAUGUGGCGGUGUGCCACCCGCUGCACUACACGGUCAUCAUGCAUGGGGGGCUGUGCCUGGGGCUGGCUGCUGGCAGCCUGGGGGCUGGUUUCAUGAAUUCCCUGAUGCAGACAACCAUCAUCUUUCGGCUGCCUUUGUGCCGCAAUGUCAUUAACCACUUCGCUUGUGAGAUGUUGGCCGUGCUGAGGCUGGCCUGCGCCGACAUCUCAGUGAACAGGGUCAUGGUGGCCAUCUCGGGGUUUCUGGUGAUCAUGCUUCCCUGUUCCCUGGUCCUGUUCUCCUACGGUCACAUAGUCGCUGCUAUUCUGCGCAUUCGCUCUGCUCAGGGACGUAGCAAAGCCUUUGGGACCUGUGCCUCCCACUUCACUGUGGUUUGCAUGUGCUUUGGAACGGCCAUCUUCACGUACAUGAGACCCGCAGCCAGCUCCUCGGCGGAACAGGAGAAGAUGGUGGCGCUCUUCUACGCCGUGGCAACACCCAUGCUGAACCCCUUGAUCUACAGCUUGAGGAACAAGGAGGUGAUGAGUGCCCUAAGGAGAGUACUGAGAAAACUCAGUGAAACCAGGUAAAGAUUUACAGAAUUUCUACUUCCCUCCAGCAGCCCAGAGAACAUUGCAAACAAAAAGGAAAUGAUUGACAGGCCCUUUCUCCUCAGAUUUGCUGAGGAGGUGGCUCGUGGUGAGCAUGUUUUUUUUUAAUUGACUUUCCACAUUAGUCCACAUUUUGACUGUAUCGUUGCCCUGUUAUACACAUGGCAAAAAAGUGCCUUCAGUUGUUAAACAGGGGUCUGCUGGGUAAUCUGUCCUCCUGGAAUCCACAUUCCACUUGCCUUUCCCGUUUCUCCCACAUAUCCCUUCACAGCAUGCAAUGCAGACAACUGAAACUUUCAGACUGAGAACAACCCCUCUUCACAUCUUGACCCAACCUUCACCAGCAAUGCAAAAAAUCAGCUUAAUAUCUCUACCUCCAGUUUCCUCAACUACAAAAAGAGCACUAUCCAGUAUGUGUUAUCAUCUUGAAGAAUAUGAGUAAUCCGUGUAAAAUGUCAUGUAAUAAAGUGGUGGCAUAGGGUAAAUAUUCAACUAUUUUUAAAACCGUUUUUAGGACACAGUUACAGGACUAAGCAUUAUGCAGCUUUCUCUUUCUAUACAAUUAUUCAAAGUGAACUUUUUUUUUCCUAUUGCUUUGGCUGUAGUUGAUUACUGUUCUGUGUUGCUCUGGAUGCUUUUACCCAGAGCCAUGGCAUCCAUCCAUCCAUCCAUCCAUCUCUCUGAUCUAUUUAGAAUCUAUUUAUCAGUCAAGGCUAAAGUCCUUAUUUUUCUUAUCUCCAAUCCAGACAAGACCUUUCUCAUGAGCUCCAAACACAUAUGAUUGAGGGCUUGCUUAACAACUUCACGUGGAGCAUAGGAAUCCCAUUCUUAACCUACUUGAACUAGAACUAAUGUUCUUGCUUUCUCCAGCCCAAGCUACUCCUUUUCUUCUUGUUCCAAGAUACUUUGACUGUAUUAGUAAAAGAAACCAUCACACACCCAGAAUAAUUCUUGAUUCCAUUAUUUCAUGUCUAAUUCAUCAAUGGAUUCCAUGAGCUUUGUUAGCAAAAUAUAUGAUCU